AAAAAUGGCUUUCAUUUGUUACAACAUCAAGUAAACAAGGUGCUAAAUGGCCUUUGUUAGAAGAAACUUUAUGGCUUUGGACACAAGGCACUCUUGGUGCAGAAAUGGAUCUUAAUGAUAAAAUAUUACAAAGAAAAGCUAUUCAAUUUGCUGAAAUACUCAAAAUUGAAAAUUUUAAAGGUUCACUAGGCUGGAUUGCAAAUUUUAAAGAAUGA